UAGAAAAUGGCCAAUAGGUAGUAAUGGUGGAUUGGCAAAUUCAUCACCUUAUUUCGACUAAAACAUUCAAAUACUAUGUCAUUUAGUAAGAUAAAUGGUGUAAGGAUACAGUAACUCAAGAAGCUCUGAUAUGAUCCAUUCUGUUGUCUAAAUACAACGAUAUAAUAAAUAGAUUACCUUACCUCUGAUUUUUUGUUAAAAGAAACAAAUAAUUCAUUGCAUGUAUCGCUAAUAACUUUAUUUUAUAAAGUUUAUAAAAGCUACUAGUAAUAAAUUCAAUGAAUUAUUUAUUUCUUUUAAUUGUUUCAUUUAAUGAUUAAAUCUUGAAACUAAAGUACAAUGACAAACUGCCAUGUGUUCUGCAUUGUUUAUUUCUAAAAACAGAAUUACAGCCAUCCAUGACCCAACACCAUAUGUUGUUAUUUUUGUCGAUUGUAUUUUUAAGUAACCUUGGUCAACAUCGGUGACACCAUAAUAGAUCUCGUAUUUUAACGCAUUACUAUAUUCAAUAUUAAACAUUUUCCAGUGAUUAUAAAAUAAAGUCAAAAAGAGAAUCUAAAGAGCAAGAAAACAAAGUACUUUUCGGGUACUUUGUUAUUAAUAACUAUUAUGCAUUUUUAAAAACGGUGUGAGUGGGCGCGAUACUUAAAGCUUUUUAACUACGAUAGCUAGCGACCUCUGGUUUUAUAUUCUGAAACUAGACACUCGGGGUUUAGAGAUAGUUAGAACCAAAUUAAAACGUCUUCAACAACGUCCACCAUCAGCUAAAGCAGCCAAAAUUUUAAUGAAAGACGAUAGUGAGUUAGGAGGACAUUUAGCAACACCACUACUAACACAAAUAACAGAAUCAACAGCAUUCACUGGAGCAGCAAUAGCGAAAACUACAGCAACAGGAGAAGCAGGAACAUUAUCUAGUCCACAAAAGUUAUUAUCAAUAGAAAAUGCCACUAUAACUGCUUCUCAAGAUUCUGCUACCAGCAAUUCAAGAGACAAAGUCAGCAGGGCUUUAGCAGAAGCAGCAGUAGCUACAAUAACCUUACUGGCUCCACCACCAUUAUUGCCACUAUCGUUUGUCUCAGCUUCAGCACAAGAGUUAGGUGCUAAUGAUUCAAAUUCAAGAACUACUAAAAUACUAAAUGAUGAAAACGAUCAAGAUAAGGAAGAUUUGCUUAUCAUAACAGACACAGUAAUUGACCAAACAAUGUCAUUUAAUCCACCAUCCAAAGAAUGGAUAAUGCAAAAGUCAAUAGAACUGCAAUUGCUGCGUACAAGAAGCAAUAAAGCAGCUCCAACAAUCCCUUCAUUUGGUAUUGUACGCCGAAUGAAUAUCAUACCAAACCAAGUUUGA